AAUAGGAAAGCGCACACAAGAAACGACCAAAACUAGUGAAAACAAUUAAAUAUUUUCAGAUUUAAGAAAUUCCACUGUAGAAUUUAAAACUACAAUAACAUCAUACCUUAAAAAUUAUAUAGUUUACAAGAAACAAAACAUAUAUAUCACAAUUAUUUCGAAUUAAAAGUCAAGGCUUUUUUUAUAUGUGAAAGGAGAAGAAGAAGCAGCAGCAGUGAGCAUUUGGAUGGGAAGCAACGCAUAAAAGAAACAAAAAAUUGCGCGAAAAAACCAUAGCAGACACAACAAAAAUAUGUUUGUACAACAACGUAGGAAUCGGCGCGGCGUAAAAUGUGUGUGAUUUUUCCUAACACAUCAAAAUAAUAAUUUGCAGCCUUAUUACAAAGGGGGAAAAUAACAGUAAAAACAGAAGCCGAUAAGAAAAAGAAGCAAAACAAACGCCGUAAAGUUAUUGUAGUGUAGUAAAGUGUAGCUGCUGCGACGGUCAUAAAGAAAAGCGAAACAAGUUAAUUUUUUGCAAAGAAAACUUUCUACAAAGGCGAUUUAAUUGAGGGCUGCUUUUUGUUGGAAACAGCAGUUUGUAAAAUAAUUACAAUUUUUUUUGGAGAAAAUGUCUAUAAAUAUUUACUAAAUGCAUAACUUUGUAUGUUUGCAAAACAAUGACACUGCCCAAAAUUUUCACUUUGACUUCAAAAGAAUUUAAUAAUUUUGAUACAAUGUCAUUUGAAUCGUCCGUCAGUCAUGUUUUAACAUCUAAUGCACAGCAAAUACCACUCAACACGGAACAGGAAAUUGUAAACCACAAUACCGCAAAUACUUCUAUGCCUCGAAAUUCGGCUGCACUAAAUCAAACAACAAUGUUUAACACGACUUCAACAAUUGGACAACAGUCCCCACCGGUCUCGGGACACACAGAUUUGAUGGUGGAGAAUGUAAUGCCUGGCAUAUAUCUGACAAAAAAUUUCAUAUCAUGGAAAAAGGAACAACUUCGGGCUCAUGGUUUUACACAUGUCAUCAUUAUUGAUAAACACAUACAGGAACUUUACUAUCCAAACCAACAGCUUGAAAUUUUCAAACUUUGCCGUAAUGAUGAUACUGCACACGGCAGUAACAGAUCGACCUCAAGUGAUCUUCAUGACGACUACGAACCCAGUCCAAGUGGUGGUGCAUUAAAUUUUGGCAAAGAGUUUGAUGUUAUCGAUUUGAAUUUUGGCGAAAAAUCAUAUCUAACAACCGUGCUACCCAACUGUUAUAGGGCGGUUAAGUUUAUCAACAAAGCCCUGCAGCGUGGUGGUACCAUUUUAGUAAUUGACUGUAAUGGUGGCGAACAGAAAUGUCUAACCAUCAUUGUUGCCUACUUAAUGUAUAAACAUAAUAUUAGUUUUAGCAAUGCCUUUGCCCGCCUUAAAGAAUUUUACAACAAAGCUGAUUUGGAUCGUUUCUAUACUAGCCAGCUAUAUGAAUAUGAACCAAUUUUACAAGUACAGCGUGCCCAGUCAAGAGGCCAUAGCUGUUCCCGCGAAUUGCAUGCCGCAAUUUUAAAACGUAAAAAGUCACAUGAAGAUUAUGCUGCCGAUAACAGCCAUGCAAAUCUCGACCAAGCUUGUUCCAUUUCCUCCACAUAUGCAAAUGCCCAUUCAUUGUUGGAUAAUUGUAACCCCUUGAAUCGUUUCGAUAGUACACAAAUGGAUAUGAAGUCGUCCAUUGAUGGUAAUGACAUUGCUACAAAUCGGCAAGGAAAAAACAAGGCAAUCCCAGCAUCAUCAACUUUUACACAGUUUAUGGUUGGCACAAACAGAACAGGUGGUUGGUAUAACUGGGAUGAUUAUGCCAUGGAGUAAUUUAGAAAAAAAAACAUUUUUUUUUGCAGCUAUAAGUUCAAAACAAACAAAAUAUUGUUUCAAAUUGCAGAUACAUAGUAAAGGCAAAGAUAAAACAAUUUAAAAAAAAAAUCAGCAAAACUCUGGGUCUACAAAUUUGAAAAUAUCUACAAUUUUAGUAAAAUGUCGUCGAAUUCAUAUUUUUUCUAUGGAAACAUAAUUUGAUAACAAAUUUUUCUGUAGAAAAAUAAUUCGAUAACAAUUUUUUCUGUAGAAAAAUAGUUCGAUAAAAUUUUUUUCUAUAGAAAAAUAGUUCGAUAACAGUUUUUUCUAUAGAAAAAUAGUUCGAUAACCAUUUAUUCUAUAGAAAAAUAGUUCGAUAACAAUUUUUUCUAUAGAAAAAUAGUUCGAUAGCAAUUUUUUCUAUAGAAAAAUAGUUCAAUAACAAUUUUUUCAAUAGAAAAAUAGUUCGAUAACAUUUUUUUUUGUAGAAAAAUAGUUUGAUAACAAAUUUUUUGUUCGAUAACAACAUAUUUGUACAGAAAAAUGAUUCGAUAUCAAAUUUUUCUUGGAAAAAUUUUUUUUCGAAAAACUAUUUUCGAUAACAAUAAUGUCUAUAAAUAAAUUUUUUGUCAAAAACAAGUUUUUCCUAAACAAAUGUUUACAACGUUUCAGCAAAGAUAUUGUUCUGUAGACCCUUGUAAUUUCUAAUUCUAAAACUACUAUAACUAUAUAAGAAAUAUUUGUAAAUAAUUUAAAAUUUUAUACAAUACAAAUUUUUCUGUUUUUCUAUUUUUCAUAGACCCAAAAAAAAGUAACUCGCCUAAUUCACAUAAAUAUACAAUUUAUAUACAAAAAAAUUCAAACUGAACUGAAUAUUCUAAUGGAAUAAAAUUAACUUUUCCUAGGAGAUAGAAUGUUAAUGAACGUUUAACACAACUUAAAUAUUUUUUAAGAUUGCAGUUUUAGUGUAUAAGUGUUUCUUUAGUUUUAGAUUCCUUUCGUCUGUGCUUAGUUUGUUGAACCAUUUUUUUUCAUAAACAUAUUAUUAAUAACUUUCAAUUUCAUUAAAAUCCACAAUUUUCUAUUGACAAACAUUCGCCUCAUCUAACCUUAAGUGAUUUGAUUGUUUAUAAGGUAAGCCGCAAGAAUUUAAAAUGUCAAUAAUAUUACAGAUAUAUAUUACAUUGUAUAAUUCGAAUAUAUUUUACAUAAAAAUAUGUGCUAUGCAAAAAUAAAUUGAAUUUUCUAUAUGUUCUAUA